AGAAAAAGAGUCAAAAUGACUCCCAAUAAUGAUUUGCCACCUCAUCAUCACUUUUGUUCUACUACUGUUUCUUUUCCAACGACUAAGCUCAACGGUCUCAGCUCUGAAAUAUCAUCCAACCUCUUCCUUGACUUGGACUAUCAAAACCCCCAAAAUCCCAACGUAGGGAUUUCACAAUCCAAAAUGCUACUUAAAUUAUUCCCAAUUCCGUUGCUUUUUAUCUUAACUUUCUCCAUUUCAGUAGAAUCAAGAUGCACCAGAAGCUGCACGGCCUUAGCAUCCUACUACGUUCCGCCAGAAUCAAACUUGACCUUCGUAUCCGAGCUUUUUAAUUCGACCCUUGCUCCUUCCUCCACGUUAAAUUUCGACUCAAUCCUUAGUUACAACAAACAAGUUGCCAACAAAGACAGCGUCGAAAGUGGUACUAGACUCAAUGUUCCUUUCCCUUGCGAUUGCAUCAACGGCUCAUUACCCGCCCACGAGUUCAGCUACAGAGUUAGGUCCAACGACACUUACUACAAGAUCGCCACAGAAUACUACUCGAACUUGACAACGGUUAAUUGGUUGCUGCCGUUCAAUACCUAUCCGCCGACGAAUAUACCGGAUACUGGGACGGUUAGGGUGGUGGUUAAUUGUUCGUGCGGUGACGCUACUAUUUCGAAGGAUUACGGGCUGUUUAUUACAUAUCCGCUCCGACCGGGGGAGAAUUUGAGUUAUGUCUUGACUCAGGUGAAUCUGUCAUCGGAUUUGUCGGGGUUGGUGCAGAGAUACAACCCCGGGGUGAAUUUCAGCUCAGGGGCUGGUCUGGUAUUUAUCCCGGGAAGAGAUGCUAAUGGUAAUUUUCCACCCAUCCAAUCAAGCUUAUAUGUUGUUUUUACAUAAUCAGGAAUUUCGGGUGGAGUUAUUGCUGGGAUAUCUAUAGCAGCCAUAGUGGUAUUGCUGUUGCUGGGAAUUGGUGUAUAUAUUGGAUUUUUCCGAAAGAAGAAGGUAAAGGGAGAAACAUUGUCCUCGACAGACUCCCAGGAUUUAUUAGCUCAAGUUGGAAAUGCUUUUGGAAGUAAAGCAGUGGAAUCAACUCCGGCUGUUGCUGCUUCUCCAGGCCUUACUGGCAUUUCCGUUGACAAAUCAGUUGAGUUCUCUUAUGAAGAACUUGCCCAGGCGACUGAUAAUUUUAGUAUGGCUAAAAAGAUUGGUGAAGGUGGCUUUGGGGCUGUUUACUAUGCAAAUCUGAGAGGCGAGGAAGCUGCAAUCAAGAAGAUGGAUAUGCAGGCAACCAAAGAAUUUCUAGCUGAAUUGAAGGUUUUGACACAUGUUCAUCACCUGAACCUGGUGCGUUUAAUUGGAUACUGUGUUGAAGGCUCUCUUUUCCUAGUGUACGAAUACAUUGAGAAUGGCAAUCUAAGUCAGCAUUUGCGAGGCUCAGGCAGGGAGCCACUUCCUUGGUCUACUCGAGUGCAAAUUGCCCUCGACUCAGCCAGAGGUCUUGAAUAUAUUCACGAGCAUACUGUCCCUGUUUACAUUCAUCGGGACAUUAAAUCAGCUAAUAUAUUGAUAGACAAAAAGUUCCGUGCAAAGGUUGCAGAUUUUGGAUUAACAAAACUGACAGAGGUUGGAAAUUCAUCCCUACCCACACGUCUUGUUGGGACAUUUGGAUACAUGCCACCAGAAUACGCUCAAUAUGGCGAUGUUUCUCCUAAAAUAGAUGUAUUUGCCUUUGGGGUUGUGCUGUAUGAGCUGAUUUCUGCUAAAGAAGCUCUUGUCAAAGCAAACAGCUCCCCCGCUGAAACGAAGGGUCUGGUUGCUCUGUUCGAGGGUGGUCUUGAUGAGCCUGAUCCUAAAGCAGGGCUGUGCAAACUUAUUGAUCCGAGGCUUGGAGAUAAUUACCCCCUUGACUCCGUAUUCAAGAUGGCUCAGCUUGCCAAAGCUUGCACACAAGAAAACCCUCAACUACGACCAAGUAUGAGGUCAAUAGUGGUUGCCCUAAUGACUCUUUCAUCCACAACGGAGGAUUGGGAUGUUGGUACUUUCUACGAAAAUCAAGCUGUUGUCAACCUUAUGUCCGGACGAUAGAUCAGCGAACAGGAAUGAAUGGUAAGACCUUUGUUGCUGUGAAUUACAGCUCUUUUUCUAAUGGAAACACCGAGAUUUACUUCUAGUCACUUUGAAUCCUAGGAUCUUCUAUUGCCUUCCCUCGUCCCUUGUAUCAUAACCAUAAUUUUUUUAUUUAUACUUUUUUGUCAUCUUAAAAAAAUUACUUAUUUAAAGUGAUUUUCAAGAUACAUUAUAUAUGUUGGGUAUAAAGUGGAUUAGAAUAACAUCUUUUUAGGGAAGGAGAA